AAGGAUUCUCUUCUUUCCUUGGUUCUUCAAAACGCUAUUACCAUGCCUUCUUGUUCCUUCUGCAAGGGUUGUGGUAUUCAGUUUUGUCAAGUUUCCAUCGAGAAUUCCUCUUGCUGCGCCGAAUGUGUCCGCCUGGAUUGCUCUCGGUGCGAUGUUCAAGGGUUGAGUGCAGCGGAAAUUCGUUGGAUAGGCAGUGCUGAGAAGCGGCUGCGCGAUGCUGCUGCGGAGGUAGGAUGUUUGCAGAAGCAGAAGCGUCUGUGGUUUGAGAGGAUGAUGAAAGCUAUUCGUUGA